CUGGGUCAGGAGAUGUCCGUCGACCCGUCUCUGUCCCAGGCCUGGGCCCGGGCCGGGCGAGAGUGGGCUGCCAUGAGAGAGGAAGGCCGGGGUGGGCCGAAAGGCCUGAGGGAAGAGGAGGCCUUGUCAGUUGUGGCCUACACCUCCGAGUUCCCCCCUCCUCCGUCCGGGCCUAUCUACCUCCGCCUCAACCGGGCCUCGCGCCUGUGCCUGGGGGCCGGGCCUAGCCGACAGGCUUCGGAGGCCUGCGGCAGGCUGCGAGCCUUGGGCCUACUGCUCUCCUCGGCCUUGCGGAGCCUGAGGAGGGCCGGGGAGGGGCCUGGGGUCUCCCAGGUGGUUUAUCGAGGGGCAAGGGGCAUUUUCUGGGCCUCCACGGGGAGGAGAGUGGAGUUUGGGAGUUUCACCUCAGCCUCGGGCCUACUGGAAGUGGCUGAGGCCUUCGCUGGGGCCCAGGGAGGGGCCGGGACCGUUUUCCACAUCCGGACGGCCCUCGGGGCCUCCGUCGAGGGUCUCUCCCCCUUCCCCGGAGAGAAGGAGGUUCUUAUUCCCCCCUGCGAGGCUUUUAGGGUCGACAAGGCCCGCAGGUCAAGGGUCAUGGGUCGCGAACGGGUUGACCUCUACCUGACGUCCCUGGGGUCAGGGGUCGGGUCAAACGCCAGGGGGUCGGGUCAGAGGGGAGGGGGUCAAGGGGGAAAAUAUCUGAACCCCCUCAUAGUCCUGAUGUGGGUGUCAGUGUGGAACUGAGGUCAAAUAUGGGGGA